UUGGUAAUUUAUCCUGGAAAAAAAUUAAUUUCAUUCCGGGACACGGAAUGUCCCUAUUAAUUUCCUUAUCGAACAGACCCAAACAAACCUCUGGAAUGGCGUCACUAUGUGCAGUGGUGUCCAGUAUUCUACAGGACUGAAGUGGCAACCCUUGUGUACAAAAUUAUUGUCAGACAGCGCCCUCCCCAGGCUUGGAGACGUCAGCGCAGUCGAGUCCUUCACCGAUUCAUCUGAAGUGGUCGUCAUCGGGUUCUUUGAGGGGGGGGACAGUUUUGGCUAUAAGGAAUUUGUCACGGCGGUGUCCGAGCUAAACGACAUCCCUGCAGCCUUGUGCCAUGAGAAAGCGGUGUGGCCCCAUUUCAACGUUGCCUCUGACACCAUCUCCAUCUUCAGGAAGGCCGACCUGCACCAGGAGAACCUGCUGCUCUCCAAGGCCCAGGGGCUGGACGUCGACGGACUGACGCGCUUCUUCAGCAUCAAUAAACUGCGCUACGUCACCGAGUACAACCAAGUGACAGCAGUGGGCCUCUUUAAGUCGAAGGUGAAAACGCACCUCCUGCUGCUUGCCAACAGAGGGAGCCGUGAUUUCGACGACCUUAAAGACAGAAUGGCGGCUCUCGCUCCUGAAUACAGUGGCAAGUUCUUGUUCGUGCUGGUGGACGGGACCCUGAAAUCCAACGUCCGCUCCCUGGGCUACUUUGGACUAAAGCCGAAACAGCUUCCCAGGUUGGGGAUCUACAACCAGGACUUGGACAGAAGCUGGCUGCUGCCCCCGGGGGAGAUCACCCCAGAGCGCCUGAGGGAGUUUUGUGAUUCCUUCCUACAGGGGGAGCUCCAGAAGCAGACAGAGCAGGAGAAGAAACCAAACUCAAAAACGGAGCUCUGAAGACGCCGGACUGUGAUGUGAAUCAACCAUCAAAUCUUUCUCUUGUUUUUAUUUGAUUGUAUUCACCCUGUGGCCACUAUAUUAGGUGCCCCUACAAAGCACCAGAUUAACCCCCCAUUUGCCUCUAGAACCAGUUCAGGAAUAGGCGAGUUGCGCAUUCAGAGAUGAUUUCUGCACCAUGCUGUUAUACUGAUUGGCUAUUUUUGUACUUGUGGGUUUCCUAUUACCUUUGUCGAGUCUGCCGGUUCUCCUCUGAUCUCUCUCUCAUCAACAAAGUCUUUUUGAGUCACAGAAA